AUGCCAUGCACGUGGAAGUACUCAGCCUUCAACAAAGCAAGGCACUGCCUCAACGGAUGCACUUCUUCUGCAGAGAUCUUGCGACUGUGGACGCUGAAGAAGAAGCAGGGCCUUUACAGGCUCUGCGGCGGCUCCAGAGGCCGGGCUUCAGUCAGCGCCUGGGGAGUUUCUGCGGAGGUCUGGUCUGCCUUCGUGAGCAUCCUGCCUGAGUGCGCCAAGCAGCGCGAUGCCGGAGUGUACGGCCUUGAGCCCAUCACUUCUGUGAUGCAGGUCAACCGGGCUCCUGGCCCUGGACCACUGGAAGCCUUGCCCAAUUUCAGCCUCCCGGCCCCUUUGAGGGGUGACCUGGAGUAUCCUCGGGGAACGGCCAAGGACACCAUCGCCCUGGCACGCCGGAAGGUGAAGGAACUCCCUGGCUGCGACAGUCUUCUGGAGCAAAUCGAGCAGCUGCCGGGAUCCCCUGAAAAGCAAAUCGAGCACCGGGGGGUGCCGACCCUUGAGGACGUGCCCAUGGAGGAGCUCCUGGCGAAGGACGAGAAGGAGCUGCCGAUGCCCAGGAACUGCCCCAUGGAGCUGGACGAGGCCUUCAAGAUUCAGACCCGGCUCAACGCCACCACCAUCGCCCAGGAGGAGGCCAAGAAGGCGGACCAGGAGGACGCGCGGUGCUUCCUGAAGGAGGAGGGCCUUCCGUUUCCGCAGACAGGACCGGAGUGGCGAUUGGUCUACCGGGCCAUGGGCAAGGUCCUCGCGGCCCGGGCCUUCCUCACGGACACCCCGGCGGAGGUGAUGCAGCUCCCGGUCCAGGACGUGGCGGACUCCAAGGAGCAGAUGAUCCUGCGGGCGGUAUGCGACGAGCGCAUCUCGGUCCCGGUGGAGAGCCUCCAGCAGUUCCCAGAGGUGUACAAGGCCCUCAUGGACCGCAUUGGAGGCCCGGGGGCCCUGGCGGAGGUGAAGGCCAUCUUGCAGCUGGUGUUGGACGAGCCGCCGGAGGGCCUCUACAACCGCUGGGUGAAGGAGCGGCUGGAGUACUACCGCCGGGUGGAGCCCUCGGCCCCGUUGCGGGACGUCUCCAUCGUGGACCAGAAGGACUCCGAGGCCUCCAUCUCCCUCUCCUCGGACACCGACGAGAGCGUGGACACUCAGUCGGACAAGGAGUUCGACAUCACCCGGGAGGACUUGGAGAGCUGGUACGAGUGGUUCUAUGGAGAUCGGAGCAUGGGCCGAACCGUGACCGCCGCCGUGCUGGACAAGUCCACUGACAGCUUUGCUUUUCAGCAGAUCGUUGGUCAAGUCGCCGAGUUGAACGCAGCUGACUCCGCGCCUGCUCUAUUCCUUUGGGUGGUUGGCCGCCUGCAACACGUGCAGGGGAGCCUGGAGGAGCUUUUAGAGGCGCUACGCACCACACGACAGCCUGUGGUAGGCAUCGCCAUGGGAGUUCCGGACGCGGCGGCGGCGCGGCUGCUGAGUGCCUGCGACUACGUCUACUCCGACGGGGCCGAGAGCGCUGAGAGCGGCGCGGUGGUCGUGGCCAACGAGGUGUUUCAGGGCCAGGCCCUGCACGUGGCCUGCGCGGCGACGGCGGAGCUGGUCGAACUCAUGACGCCAGAUCAGCUCAUCGCACUAAAGAGUGAGAUGGUGCAGGCCAAGGCGAAGCUGACGGCAGCGCUCAGCAAAUUGCCCCGUCGUCAGGACAAGCAGUGUAUCCGGUCCGACAGCAUCGGUUCCAAUUGCUCGACGGAUGUGCCGGACGACAUGGAGCCGCAAGAGCUCGAGACCCGGCGAACUCGGAAGGUGGCAUUCUCGAAGGAAGUCGAGGUGGAGCGGUCAGGCUCGUCGCACCUUUUGGUGUCCCAAAGCCUUUUGGUGUCCCUGAAUGCGGGCAAGCAGCCGAACGGCCAUGCGGCCGGAGGAGCCCAGAAGUCUGAUAGGCACGACUACGGGCAGUUCGCUUGCGGGGUCGGUCUGGUGGGACUUCGGGACUUCCUGCAGAUGCACAACUUGGGGCCGCGGGGCCCAGGCCGUUCGCGGCUCAAGGCGAUGUCCAGGUCCGGUUGGACCGCCGGCAUGGAGUACUACCCGGGCUACUCGGGCCUCGCCGCCCAUCCGGCCCAGGGGGCCCCGGGGGCCCAAAACGCCCACGCGGCCGCGGCGCAAGCGGCGACGAUUGGGCAACCCGCAGAGCAUCUCUAUAGCCCCUUGGGCAGCUUGGUGCAGGAUCUCCAGAAGGGCGACCAGCGGGAGACCGCGCUGCUGGAGCUCUCCAAACAGCGGGAGAAGUUGCAGGACCUGGCGCCGGUGCUCUGGCACUCCUUUGGGUCCAUUGUGGCCUUGAUCCAGGAGAUCGUCCAGAUCUACCCGCAGAUGGCCCAGCCCCCGACUCUGGCGGCGAACGCCUCCAACCGGGCCUGCAACUCCUUGGCUCUGCUGCAGUGCGUGGCGAGCCAUGCGGAGACGCGGCCGCUGUUCCUGAAGGCCCAGCUGCCGCUGCUGCUGUAUCCCUUUCUCAACGCUUCGUCCGACGACAGGCCGAUCGAGUUCCUGAGGCUCACGUCCCUCGGGGUCAUCGGCGCGCUGGUGAAGGUGGACGACCCCGAGGUGAUCAGCUUCCUCCUCCACACGGAGAUCAUCCCUCUGUGUCUGCGGAUCAUGGAGCAGGGCUCGGAGCUCUCAAAGACAGUGGCCACCUUCAUCGUGCAGAAGCUGCUCCUGGACGAGCAGGGCCUGAGCUACGUGUGCUCCACCGCGGAGAGGUUCUACGCCGUGACCAGCGUGCUGUCCAAGAUGGUGGAUGGCCUGGUGAAGGCCCCGUGCAUCCGUUUGCUGAAGCACGUGGUGCGGUGCUACCUGCGGCUCAUCGACUCUCCGCGCGCGCGGGAGGUGCUGAAGCAGUGCCUGCCCGAGGGUCUCCAGAGCGACCCCACACUGAAGCGGCUCCCUGAACCCAUCCAGAGCUGCCUGGAGGAGGAUCAGACGACCAAGCGAUGGCUGGUCAACUUGCUGACUAACCUGAACUACAGGUGA